UUUCGCUCUCAUCAUCCAAUGUGCGACUUAGUUAGUAGUAGGUGGUCGGGUAGAAUCGGUAGAAAUUUGUCCAGCGCCCCGCAGUGUACCUGACGAUGCGCUCGUGUAAAGUGCACAACUGUGGAAGCUCUAUUAUCGCCACCGCCGCGACGGCGUUGUUGGUUUGCGGCCUAGUGGCGAUCGAUCCCGCGCUUUGCCGAUUGCAACCGGCUGAGAAUGUGUUUCCCACUGACGUGAAUAAAGCGUUGCUGCCCAACGUGCGCCAAGGAUUGAAUGAUUGUCAUCUCCGGUACCACAAAUAUGGUGACUACAACUUAAUCUAUCCGAUCUUUGGAGUUCCCGUGAGGUUGGGUGAGUUCGCUCACAUGGCAGCCGUCGGUUGGACGGGAGCGAAUGGCGUUAUUGACUUCAGCUGCGGAGGAUCGCUGAUUACAGCGCGGCACGUUAUGACCGGAGCUCACUGUGGCAGUAGAGAAGGUGUUCCUCCGGAUGUUGUCCGACUAGGAGUGAUCCACAUCAACACCACCUUAGAUGACCCCAAAAAUGAAUUUGCGCAGCAAUACAAAAUUGAGAGAUUUCAACGACAUCCGGAGCAUAAGUUCUCCUCCUACUACUUCGACAUUGCCAUCAUAACUCUGGAGCGACCGGUUACCAUAAACGACGUGGUAACCCCCGCCUGUCUCUGGAACCAACCGGAAGUAGACUUUCCGCGGCUUGAAGCUGUCGGAUUCGGCCAAACUUCCUACGCUGGCGACAAAACGCCCAUUCUACUCAAAGUGCAACUGUCACCCAUAUCGAACGAAGAGUGCGCCAAUUUCCACAACUCCAACAACAUCCGGAAGCUCCGUAACGGGAUUAUAGAAACGCAGGUCUGUGCCCGGGACAGCAAAAUGGAUACCUGUCUUGGUGACUCCGGUGGCCCUCUGCAGAUCAAACUGAUGUCCAAUCAUCGAUCAACCCCCUACGUCGUGGGAAUUACCUCGUUCGGAGUAUUCUGCGGAACGGCAGCACCCUCAGUCUACACCAGAGUAUCCUCCUACAUCUCGUGGAUCGAAACGGAAACCGGGGAAUCCUUCGCGCCGGAAACUUGCGCCUCGCGAUACAUUCAGAUGCGAGAGGCAGACGAGUCGAUGGUUACCAACCGGGUAGGCGAUCACGUGUUCAUCGAACCGGAAAAGAGCUACAUGGACAUUGAAAUAAUGGCCAAACACCGAGUGUACCUAGGGUAUAACCGGGGAUCGAACCGAAUCCAGUGGAACUGCGGUGGAGUCCUGAUCAACGAGGAUUACGUGCUGACGGUGGCGCACUGUGACAAGUUUGUGUUCAAUUCUACGCCGACCCACGUCAAAGUGGGAGAUUUGGACAUUCAUAAGGAUCAACCGGGGGCGCAAAUCAUACGGAUAGCACAGUUCAUCAAACAUCCCAACUAUCGGGAGGGAUACCUGGAGAACGACAUUGCACUGGUCAAACUGGCUACCGAUGUGAGAUUCGGCCCUGAGGCGAUACCGGCCUGCAUAGUCGACAAUGGACUCACGAUGCCCAUGUAUGAAAUGGCCGGCCUAGGACCCUAUAACCUGAAUAAUUUCCUGCGCGACAACGAACCCAUCUCCAACAACAACACCCUGGUACUGACCCGAAUGCGAGUGGAUCCAACGGCGUGCAAGGGAAUCAACAGUCCCAAUGUGAUGUGCGGUCAAAAUAGCAAAUUUCUGGUGCCGCAGACGUGUCGAGUCGAACACGGAGGUCCGCUGGAGCGUGAAACGUGGCACUACGACCGCUACUACACGUACGUGUUCGGACUGACGGCUGCCGGACAGGACUGCGGUUUCGGCAAAGAGGCGUACUUUGUGCGGACAUCGGCACACAUCAAAUGGAUCGAAUCGAUUGUGCUGGGCAAGGGGCAAAACCAGGUGCAAGGUCGUCGCGUUCAACGGCAAAUUGUGUUUCCAUCAGACGAUGACGAUUACGGACCGACCUAUGCGUACAACACGAUCGGGAUGCCGUGUACGACGCCUCAAAACGUAGCAGGUGUUUGUCAGUACUACCGAAGCUGUCCCAAUGUUAACAUGUCUGCUCUUUCUUUGGUGAAAUUUUGCCGCCACGGGACAGAUCCGGUCGUUUGCUGCGGGAAAUCGCCCAAUGAGGAAAAAUACAGCAUGAAGAAGUGCGUCAGCUACUGGAAACAGUACAAACGACACGAGGAGGAAGAGUACGAGAGCAUCCCGUCGGAAGGACGACCAGUACAGGACAAGGAAUAUCCGCAUGUGGCGUUGAUCGGCACCCAGCAGUAUGGCCGAUACGUCUGGAGUUGUACCGGAGCGUUGAUCAGCGAUAGAUACGUGCUGACCAGUGCCGAAUGCGUCAAAUCGGGAACGCAUAAUACUGUACGGUUGGGAGCGGUCCGUCAAGAUAAAGGAACUCAAGAUAUUGGGAUUGAGCGAGUUAUAGCGUACCCGAACUACAACGUGGCGAGGUCGACUGGAAACUUGGCACUGGUUCGAUUGUCCGCAAAGGCAGUCUUCAGCGAUCGUGUGCUACCAGCUUGCAUAUGGCCAAACCACUCGACCGUUCCCCUCAAGAUGUAUACCCUUGGAGUUGACAAUGAUCAAGUGAUGGUUCGUCCACGCAUGGCCCGAUACAACCAGGACUGCCGGAAAUUCUUCAAGAUGGCCAAUCUGGUCGAUGAAGAACAGUUCUGUGCGGAGAAUUACUACUUCACAGACAACUCGUGCCAGGAUAGAAGCGGCGAUCCUUUGGAAGGCAUCAUUCUAACCGGUUCCAUCAAAAUCUCCAUUAUCGUGGGGACAAGCUCGUACAACGUGGGCUGCCCGGGAAAAUCCGACACAGCCACCGUCUAUGCACGGCUUUCCGCGUACAAAAGUUGGAUAUUUUCCGUUGUGGAAGCAUAGAUUAUAGUGUAUUAUACUCAUCUCCUCUACGAUUAAGAAAUGCGUACUCUUUCGAGUGAAAGAACCUGUAA